AGGUGGGUGGUUCCCAGGCUGACACAUACGCAUACAGCAAGAGGUCUACUCUACUAUCGUGACGCCCUCGACCGAUUCACGGAUGAACAGAUGACAUGGGAUCCCUAUUCUGCUGUGUUGGUAGAGGCCAUGCCGGAACACUUGCUCGAGCAUCGUGCUGAGUGGCUUGUCAGGACCCCCAUGAUUUGUUUCGAGGUCGUGGAGAGUCACCUACCGGACCGAGUGUUGCGAUAGUUCGGACUUCACCAGCCUAUCCCCAGGGCCUAUGACACUAGUAUCCGCCUCCACGACAUUGAUUGUCGUGGAAAGUUGGAGACAAACUGGGCACAGGAGCAUCAUCAAUUCAUUGAGCUUUGGGACCAGCGGUUGGAGUCCAUCGUUGACGGUCACCUGUUUCAGGGUGUUAUGGAUCCGCGUGAUCCUUACAUGGUAUGGUACAGGCAGAUUACAUGCCUUUUCAUCAACCCUACCUACACGCCACCGUCCACGCACUACCAUCCAGCUUAUGAUGUUAUCAGCGGACUUGCGGGGGAUAUGGGUGCGAUGGUUGAUGCACUUUCAGAUGCCUUAGCAGCCGUACCCACCAGAGCCCAGGUCGAGCGGGUGCGAGAUAUGGGCAUUCAUAGCUUGCAGAGAUAUGGCCAUGGCCAUCUCGUCCACCCCAGGGACGAUCAUGACCCCAACUCCUUCCAUUCACAGUUCGACUUCGGACAGAGCAGUGGCGCAGGUGAUUACCAUUUACAGUUGGACUUCGGACAGAGCAGUGGUGGAGGUCAUACUUCGGGCUCUACACAGGCAGAGGAUUACUUCAUCCAUAACACUGCUCCCGGCCACACCCAGGAUGACUCAUCAUCUCGCCAGCUGACUCAUCCACCGUCCCUAGACCCAUUCACCACCAUUCAGCAUUACACGAGGCGUCCGAGGCGUGUUCGUAGACGGACGAAGGACACACAAGAUGGAGAUCAGUUAACUCCAAUACAUGAGUCCGGAUAGUAUUAGUUAGUUGAUCUUUUUGUGGU